UAUUAAAGGCCGGACGCUUCCGGUAGAGGGGAGCUGUGGCGGGGCUUGCUGGGAUCAUGGCGGAGAAUCACUGCGACCUGCUGCCGCCGGCUCCGGGCGGCCUUGGGGCGGGGCUGGGAGGCGGCCUGUGCCGCCGCUGCAGCGCAGGGCUCGGCGCCCUGGCCCAGCGUCCCGGUAGCGUGUCCAAGUGGGUCCGGCUCAACGUCGGCGGCACCUACUUCCUCACCACUCGGCAGACGUUGUGCCGGGACCCGAAAUCCUUCCUGUACCGUUUGUGCCAGGCCGACCCCGACCUGGACUCGGACAAGGAUGAGACAGGUGCCUAUUUGAUCGAUAGAGACCCCACCUAUUUUGGGCCUGUUUUGAACUACUUGAGACAUGGAAAGCUGGUUAUUAACAAAGACCUCGCAGAGGAAGGAGUGUUGGAAGAAGCGGAAUUUUACAAUAUCACCUCAUUAAUAAAACUUGUAAAGGACAAAAUUAGAGAACGAGACAGCAAAACAUCACAGGUGCCUGUGAAGCACGUGUACCGUGUGCUACAAUGUCAGGAGGAGGAGCUCACACAGAUGGUGUCCACCAUGUCUGAUGGCUGGAAGUUUGAGCAGCUUGUCAGCAUUGGCUCUUCCUACAACUACGGGAAUGAAGACCAGGCAGAGUUCCUAUGCGUGGUUUCCAAGGAACUGCACAAUACCCCAUAUGGCAUGGCCAGUGAGCCCAGCGAGAAGGCCAAGAUUUUGCAAGAACGGGGUUCAAGGAUGUGAGAGACAACAACAGUAUUGACAGCUGAAGAAAUGAACUACCUUUUCCCAAGAUGCAAUGAACCGCCUUGUCUAGGAAGCUUGGCUGUGAGAAGAAACCUGCUUUUGAUAAUUUUCCUAGAGAUCUGGGUGUGAAUCCUUUUUUGCCUCUGAGGUGGGUGGUGAGAGACAGGCCCAGCUGUCUAGGGCCAGGCAUCCCUACUGGGAGGAGGUGCUGUGGCCAGCGGGUACUGUCUCUGGGGGGCUCUGUCUUUUCCAAGUGCCACAUGAGACUGAGGCAGGAUGCUUCUGAGGAGUCCGUGUUAUCACUGAAGACCGUUGAAAGGACAGCGUUCUUGGUGCUACAUGAACAGUCUGUAAAGGCAGCCUGGGCCUUACUGGCAGGGGAGGCAGCAGCCACAUCGAAUGUCCAGUGUACUGGGCCUCUGUCCGGGAAUCUGUGCUGUCUCCCAGAUGUGCUCGUGUGACGGUUUCUCAAUCUGGGCAACAGUUCCUGACACAGGUGGCUUCUUUGUCAUCACUACUUCCUGGCAUCGCUCCCAGGACCUGAUCUCCUUCAAAAACAGGCAGCAAGCCGAGCCUGCUUGAGCCUCAACGGUCAAGGCUUCUCAAUUUGUAUUUUCCAGGAGAGAGAACUUUGUAUCCCUUUUUUCAAUUGUGGUCAUCUCCCCAGUGUUCACUCUCCCUAGAAAUGCCUACAGGUGUUGUUCUGUUUGGGUUGAUCUGUUAAUUAAUUAAUCAUGGGGGGCAGAAGCAGUGCCUCACCCUCCCGCUCUGGGGGAGCUGGCGCCCGUCAGUGCCUUGUCGCGGCUGGGACAGAGGUUGGGCUGGAGGCCUGUCCACCCGGCUUCUGGAGCUGAUACUCUGGGUUACGUUGACUAUUUUGGAUGUUUACAGCGUAUCACAAACAUUUCUCUCCUCUCGCCAGCUCUCUCGUUUUCUCUGUAUAACUAUGCAGUCCUCUCUCUCUUCCUGGGAUAUUCAAGACUUCACACAGCCUGCACAGGCUCUGCCAUCUUACAUGACAUUGGAGCUACUAGAAUUCCCUAGAAACUGCUGCCUGUGUGCUUUGCAGACCUCUCAGCUGGUUGUGGGACUUGUCAGAGUCUGGCGGACCUGGCGCAAAUGAGCAAGCUCUUUGCUUCUCGGACUCUGGCCUCCCAAGGGGAGCUGUGCAAACUAACCACUGGGGGCUGCCCACAUGUAGGUCAGAGGCUCUGACAGUGUCUAGUGUCAAAUGCUUCUGGAGACUUCCUGCCUAGGCCUCUUCCCCUUCUUCUUUGCCAAUAACCUGAUUAACCAAGCUCUCCAGCAUCUAGGACUUACCUCCUCGUUUUUGUAAGGUCUCUUGUAUGUUGUUACAUGUUUGGUUUAAACAGUUUCUAAAAGCCUUUCUAUAGGGCAGAUUUGGCCACUGGCUGACCUGUCCUCCCCAGUGGAGCCCCAGAAGGAAAGUGGCCUAUUGUUGGCCACAAGGUGUGCUCUUUGGGGAGCUGCUGGCCACUUAGCAUUGUUUGAUUUAUGACCUUGACAUAAUAGAUAGGCUUGUGAUUUUUUUAAUUUAAGGAUGUUAAGACUUAAUUCACUAAAAUUUAUUCUAAGGGGAUAUUUAUACUUUUAUACUUUUUUAGGUAUCCGUAUUUUAUCAGCUUACUGUUUAAUGCCUAAGUUUCCCCUGAAAAUAGCAAAUAAAAUUGUGUAUUUAUGAA